CAUGCUACAACCAAUCCAAUCGCGCCAUACGUCUGACGGCAUUCUUCUUAACUCACGGUCGCUGUCCUUUCAGCGCGAACGUGCGUAAAGCCAGGGAUACUUCAUGUAAACCCCGACUCUUCAGGUGGUUUUACCAUUUCCUAAAAGUUUAUUUUUCAGAAUUUUCUGUCGUAUGGAUUGAGAACGUUUUGAAACAAAAUAAAUAGUUUAAUCCGAGAUUGACUAUGGUAUUCCGAGUAGAUUACCGCUUUCUCGGUGUGCUUUACGCACCGGAUUUGAAACGCUUAAUCAUCGGUUAGGUGGCCCCGCGAUUACCCAAUAACCUUAUUUCACUAAAGCUUAACGACCAAAAUACUGCCGCAGGUAUGUUCUUUCUUUUGAGAUUGUUGUGUUUUUACGCACUGGGACUGGGCUAUGGGAAGCUUGUACGUGGACAGGAUGACACCCCGGGCACGGGAACCCGGCUCCUAUGCCGAGUCAUCCCCGUCGGCGCCGACACUUGUUUGGUCCCCGUAGGUCCCGAACCUAACGCAGCGGCACAGGAGGAAGAGUUGAGGAACACAGUCAUGCAGCUCCGGGAAACGAUUCUCCAACAGAAAGAAACUAUAGUCAACCAACUUGGGACCAUAAACGAGCUGACCGCAAAGCUCUCCCUUUGUGAGUCAGCCUCCGAUGGAGGGAAGUAUGAUAGUGGUGGAUCUUGGAGUAAAAGCAAAGAUAAUCAGAACACAAUGGGAGAUUUACCCAGAGAUCCCAAUGAUACAAUCGACAACCUCGGGAAGACCAUGCAGAGUCUGAAGGACCGACUAGAGAACCUAGAGCAACAGCAGCAGAGAGCCAACACAUCGGGAACGUCGUUCCCCAGUGAACUCAGAGACCUGCUGCAGAGCAGGCUGGGAGAUCUGGAGAAACAGCUGCUCAGUAAGGUCAACAACCUGGAGGAAGAGAAGUCUCUGCUCUACAACGAGACCGCAGCCCACAGGCAGAAGACGGAGAGCACCCUCAACUCCCUGCUGACCAGGAUUAACGAGCUGGAGAAAGGUGGCGGUGGUUUCAAGUCCCCUGAGCAGUUUAAGCUGGUCCUCCCCCUGCGUACUAACUACUUGUACGGCCGCAUGACCAAGAGCCUUCCUGAGAUGUACGCCUUCACGCUUUGCAUGUGGCUCCGGUCCAGCGCCGGCCCUGGCAUAGGCACCCCCUUCUCCUACGGGGUGCCAGGACAGGCCAAUGAGAUUGUGCUCAUUGAGUGGGGCAACAACCCCAUAGAACUGCUCAUCAAUGACAAGGUGGCUCAGCUGCCUCUGUCGGUGCGUGACGGUAGGUGGCACCACAUCUGUAUCACCUGGACCACCAGGGAUGGUCUGUGGGAAGCCUACCAGGAUGGUCAGAGGCUGGGGGCAGGGGACAACCUGGCCCCCUGGCACCCCAUCAAGCCUGGAGGAGCCAUCAUACUGGGGCAGGAACAGGACAUAGUGGGCGGGCGCUUUGACGCCACGCAGGCCUUUGUGGGUGAGCUGAGCCAGGUUAACAUCUGGGACAAUGUCCUGAAGCCAUCCGACAUCCUCACCAUGGCCAACUGUUCCUCCUACACCCCCGGGAACGUGGUGUCCUGGCUGGACAGUGAUGUGGAGGUAUUUGGCGGGGGAGCAGCCAAACUGCCUCUAGAGCUAUGCCAGGACCGGCUGUCUGAGACUGAGUCUUAGGAUGGUUGUCUCAGUCUGUCUGUGACUUGUUCAGAUUCAUGUUCUUGAUCUUGACGCAUACUGUACAUGUUACGUGUAAUGCUUGUCAUGUUUUGUUUGGCUGUUUGUGUAAGGAAAGGCUUUGAUUGACCUAAUUCGAGAUGAUUCUACUACACCUAGACAGUUAUACUCACACACGUGUUGACACUCACAUACAGACUUACACACCGGCAGACACAGACUUAAUUACACUGGAUUUGACAUGUGAGGCUGGCUAAGGCUUGCGUGUUGCGUGGGCGGUGUAAGGCACAGAUUAGCCGUCCCAGGACUCACAUACAGUACAGUAGCCUAAGUCUCCUGGUCUCCUGAUAGAGGUCAUUAAAGCCUCUCCACCUUGACCGGAGACAGCCUAAUCAGAUCUAGGCAAAUAUCAAAUCAAACAUGGAAACCAGGUUUCCAUGGUACAACCUAUUGCAGAGAUGAUCAGUGACUAGCUAUGAUCUUUGAGUUAGUAUUGGUAUUGGUUAACAUUUCAUAGUUAUGUGUGGAAAUUGGUGUUCUUGUACUUGUGGCAUGUCUGUUGUACUAUAAUGUUAAUAAGGUUUUAUUAUCCAUUAUUACCCAUACUGUUUUCAAAACCCCAAGUCCACCUCAAUGCCUGCAGCAGGAUAUGCUGUUGUCUCACAAAACUAUUCCGUAAUUAUCCUCUUGAUGUUUGGGACAUGUUGGUUUGUUUAGGUCUCCAAUGUCUGUGCAGUGCAUAGUUUACGAACAAACAAAGACUCAUUUAUAUGGGAGCAUUGUUACUGUUAAAUGUGUACAUUUUUUAAGCAGAUAAGAACAAUUUGUUAUGUAUGAUAUGAACUAUACGUUAAUGUGUACAAGUGUUUCUUUCCAUGAACAGUGUUGGGUGUGUAAUGUGUGUAAAGCUAUUACACUGCUGACUUUUCAUGUGGCCUUCUUUUGUGCCAGAUGUGCUUUACAAACCUAACCUUUGCUUUGCCAAUGAAAAUGAACAAGAAUGUGAAAAAUUAAGGAAAAAUAAAACACUACUGAAAA